UGUAAUCGUCCAGUGACCUCUCCAAAAUGGCUGCCCACGUGUUGGAAGCGGCGCUGACCAGUGAUACUUCUGGACAGUUGUGGAGCUCUUGUCUGUGGGAUCUUCAGUCCGGCACGACUCUCGCCACGUACAAGGGAGACGGCAGCGGCCCGAGAGGCCUGUGUCUGCUCGGGAACCAGUACCUGCUGAGCGCCGCUAACAACAAACCGCUCAUACAUGUAUGGGCUCUGCAGAGACGGGACCAUGUUCAACAGCGAAUGGUGUGUGGCGGUCGGGUUUCGGCCAUGGCGGUGUCACCUGAUGGGAACUUUGUAGUCGCUGGCAUCGCCGAGAAGAUCAACAUUUGGCAGGUGUGUACAGGUAACUUGUUAUCUGUCCUGACUAGACAUUACCAGGGUGUGACCUGUCUCAGUUUCACAGACGAUGGAAGUCACUUCCUGUCAGCCGGAGAUGACAACCUGGUCCUCGUCUGGCCUCUUCACAGUGUCCUCUCAGGUGCCAGUACUGCAGUAGGCCAUAGUCCGGAACCCAGGCACACCCUGUCACACCACUCCCUGCCUGUCACAGACCUGUACUGUGGCUGUGGUGGACUGCAGGCCAGGGCAGCGUCUGCAUCUCUAGACCAGACCUGCAAGUUAUUUGAAGUCUCUUCAGGCCAGGUCCUUCUGUCAGUUUCGUUUGACGUCAGUAUAACCUCUGUUACCAUGGAUACAGCUGAGACACGCCUCUUUGCAGGAGGCACCAACGGAAACAUCCACCAAGUCAACCUGCACGCUCAGCCUGUCCAGAGAGAAAAGCACAUUGAAGACACAGAUGAUGACCAAGGUCAAAUUUUCAAAGGACAUGGUAAACAGGUGACAUGCUUGUCGGUCAGCAUGGACGGCAGUCAGCUGUUGUCUGGGUCACAUGACCACUCGGCCAGACUGUGGGACAUUCCCAGCAGGCAGUGUGUCAGGACCUUCUCUCACAAAGGUCCAGUGACCAAUGCCAUGCUGCUGCAGCCCCCCUCCCCCAUGUUGUCAGGCAGAGGGAAGCCCAGUGCUCUGCUUCAACCCUUCAAACGUCACCUUCACACUCAGGGACAGGGAGAAGACACAGAGGAAGGGACUAGAGACACUGUAGACAUCAGAUUAGGACAGUAUCAAAAGGGUAUGGUGUCUGAAGGGUUGCUCCAGAACUACAGUGAACUUAAAAGAGUGCACAGUUACACCGAACAGAAGGAUAUUCAGGAGAAAAGUGAGCAUGUGAGUAAACAGGACUUAGAGUUUGAAGUGAAGAGGUUGAAGCACAUCAACCAGGAGCUGUAUCAAUACGCCGCACAGAAUAUAUUUAACAGCAAAGGAACAAGCUGACACAGCAAUACCUUGAUUCAUGAUGUUUGGUACUACUGAAGAGCUGAAUAGAUAAAAUUGGUUCCAAAGUUUUGAGUAAAAUUUCAGUAAGAUUUGACAAGCAUAUAGCAAAGGAUUAAAGACAGUGAGUGAUAUACAUGUAGCCAUGAUCUGCUAACAUCUGUGUCCAUAAUAUCACCAGGGUCCAU